AUGAUCAAAUCCGAACCUCAUGGCCUUACUUGGGAAGUUGUCCAGCGCCUUAUCACUUAUUGGGCAUAUGGCCAAUUGACUGCUGGUCCUAAGAAGUUAGAUAUGCCGGAACUCUAUGCUCUUAGCGCAAAGUAUGGUCCAAAGGGAUUUUGGGUAGAGGGUGUAAGUUUCAGUCUGAACCAAGUCACAGACAAGCAUCCCUGCAGUACUGAUCUAAAGAUUAAGAUCGAUUGCUUUAGCCCGGGCCCUUUAUAUGUGUUUCUUACUUUAGGCUCACGCCACGAUAGAUUUGCGCUUCAUAUGGCAACAAGUACAAUGGCGACUACGCUCACCUUGGAUUUUCUCGAGGACAGUGGUUCUUCAACCAUGCGAAUUUUUUCUGAUGAUAAAAAUCAACUUGAAAUACUAUCGGGUGGGCCUCUACCCAUUCCCGGACAAGAAAUUGAACAAACCGCCAUGGAUCAGAUUCAGGUUCAGAACGUGAUGCUUCAAGUAAGCAUAUUCCAUGAUGGUCGCCACUUACUACCAUUUUGGGUUAACUUUGUUGCUUCUAUAACUCCAAGAAACCACGCGUCAGAUGAUCGCUUGUCUAAUUCAUGGAUACAGCAUCUGCUGUUUGUUCUGUCAAUGCCCGACAACACCCGAAGGAAGCAUAUUGGCACCGAUGUCGGUGAGAUCUUGACCAGUAUGCCUAUUCCGGACUACAAAAAUGCUGCUCCGCCGCCUUUCUUUGAAAUAGUCCCACUGGGUAUUGGAAAUACUUACAGCGCUGCGCGGGUGGGGUGA